AUGGCGUCGGAAACCGCCGGCGCCGUUCUCACCUUGUCUGAUUUCAGAACAAGUGUGGGUAAUCUCGGUUUCUAUGACGGGAUAUGGGCAUAUGGCGCAAAUCGAUUUGCAUCCAGCGGCCAGACGAUCCCAUCAGCCUUCGGAGAAUCCUCCCUACUCAAACCAUAA